AUAAGAGCAUUGAAGCUGUUAUAUACAUUGCCUCUAAAAUUAAAAGAUCUGCAAAAUGUCGUGGUUCUUUUUUGGUUAUAGGUUUUACGAGGUGCUGUAACUUUGGGGUGCAUUUUGGAGGGGAUGUCUUUAUGUAAUCCAGGCUACUGAACUCACGGAAACCAGCCCCUGAAUCCCAAUUCCUCUAUUCUUUAUGUUUCAUAUGAAGGAAAUCGAGAUCCAGCCAUCCCUGCAUCAGGAGAGAAGGAGACUGCACCAUCCACAGAGGUUCACAAGCCGCCCUUGCAGCAGCCUUGGCCUCAGGAACGGAGCCUUCAGACGUUCCCAUCAGCCUCCCAGGAUGGCAGCCCCUGACCUGGCCCACAGAGGUCAUGUUUCUAAGGACUUAGUCUGCCUUCAUGGAGAACAGACCCAGGCAGCAGGGAUGUUGGCUGGCUGGCUGAUAGAUUCUUAUCAGGACUCGGUGACCUUUGAUGACGUGGCUGUGGACUUCACCCAGGAGGAAUGGACUUUACUGGACCCAUCUCAGAGAGACCUCUACAGGGAUGUGAUGCUGGAGAACUGUGAAAACCUGGCCUCAGUAGGACGUCACCUGUUCAAACCCAGUGUGAUCUGUUGGCUGGAGGAGGAAGGGCAGCUGAGGGCAGGGCAGAGAGGAGUUCUCCAAGAAUGGCAACUUGAAAGCAAAGGGUCAGCACUUCAGCAGGACAGAGCUUGGUUCAGAGCAUCAGAUGAGACACAAAUGCAGGCAAGAAGCCACAGUGGAGGGCAGCUCUGUGACCGGAUGCAGUGUGGAGAGGCUGUCAGUGAGCCCUCAGAUCUCAGCACACAUGUGAGAACUCAAAAUACAGGAUACAGUUGUGUCUGUAACCAUUAUGGAAAAGACUUUUUAAUUUCACACCAGGAAACCUUGUGCAAAGCUGGAGGGCAGUUUUCUGUGUUGGAUCAGUGUGGAAAAGCGUUUAGCACUGCUCCAAAUGUUGUUUACCAGCAAACAUGCACUUGGGACAAGUCUUUUGACUACAGCAACUGUGGGAAAGCAUUUCUUAACCAGACAUACCUUCAGGGUCGCAUGCGAACUCACAACAGAGAAGGAACAUGUAAAUGGAAGCAGUGUGGGAAGGCUCUCACUCACUCCCCAGGCCGUCCGGCAACUGUUGAAAUGCAUGCUGUAAGGAAUCCUCAUGUAUGUAGGGAAUGUGGGAAGGCCUUUGGAUGCACUGCAUACCUUACUAGUCACAUGCGAAUCCACACUGGCGAGAAGGCCUGUGAAUUUAAAGAAUGUGGAAAAUCCUCCCCUAUUUCCUCAAGCCUAACUCAACAUGUAAGCAUUCAUGCUGCAGAGAAGCCCUGCGAAUGUAAAGAAUGCGGAAGAGCCGUCACUGGAUGCUCAGGUCUUUCUCAGCACGUCCAAACACACGCUAGAGAGAAGCCCUGCGAAUGGAAGGACUGUGGGAAAGCCUACAGUAGGUUUUAUCUACUGAGUGAACAUUUAAAAACUCACAUGAGGGAGAAGCCCUUUGCAUGUGUGGUUUGCGGAAAAUAUUUUAGAAAUUCCUCAUGCCUUAAUAAUCACCUUCGAAUUCACACUGGAAUAAAACCCUAUACGUGCAGCUACUGUGGGAAGGCCUUCACUGUGCGCUGUGGCCUUACUAGACACGUACGAACACACACGGGCGAGAAGCCAUACAUGUGUAAGGACUGUGGGAAAGCCUUCUGUACAUCCUCAGGCCUUACUGAACAUGUGAGGACACACACUGGAGAGAAGCCCUAUGAAUGUAAAGAUUGUGGGAAGUCCUUCACUGUUUCUUCAAGCCUGACUGAACAUGUGAGAAUCCAUACUGGAGAGAAACCCUAUGAAUGUAAGCAGUGUGGCAAAGCCUUCACGGGGCGCUCCGGCCUUACGAAACACGCGCGGACACACACCGGGGAGAAGCCCUACGAAUGUAAGGACUGUGGGAAAGCCUACAACAGAGCUUAUCUACUGAACGAGCAUGUGAAAACUCACACAGAGGAGAAGCCCUUUAUAUGUAAGGUAUGCGGGAAGUCCUUCAGAAAUUCCUCAUGCCUGAAUAAGCACAUUCAGAUUCACACUGGAAUAAAACCUUACGAAUGUAGGGACUGUGGGAAAACUUUCACCGUUUCUUCGAGCCUAACUGAACAUGUGCGAACUCACACUGGAGAGAAGCCCUAUGAGUGUAAAACAUGUGGGAAGGCCUUCACCACGUCCUCACACCUUAUCGUGCACAUAAGAACCCACACUGGAGAGAAACCCUACAUGUGUAAGGAGUGUGGAAAAGCCUUUGCUUCCUCCUCACACCUCAUCGAACACAGAAGGACUCACACAGGAGAGAAACCUUACAUAUGUAACGAAUGUGGGAAGGCCUUCCGCGCCUCCUCUCACCUGCGUAAACAUGGGAGGAUUCACACAGGACAGAAACCCUAUAAAUGUAAGGACUGUGGGAAAGCAUAUAAUCGGUUUUAUCUUCUAAAAGAACAUUUAAAAACUUACACUGAAGCGCAGCUUUUUGUGUGUAAGGACUGUGGAGAGUCUUUUAAGAAUUCCUCAUGCCUUAACCAUCACACUCAAAUUCACACUGAGAAACCUUACUAAUAUAAGGAAUGUGGGGAAGCCUUCAGUUACACUCACUCACGCUGAAGACAUGAAAGAUGUCUUGCUCCCCGGUGCCUAUGACCUGAGGAACGUGGCCAGGCCGUCAGCAUCUGAUCACAGCCCGGGGUGAAGGAAGGCACCCAGAGCCCUAGAGCAUCAGGACAGAGGAAGCCCUAGUGUUCUCUCAGGUCCUGGAAAAUACGGACGGGACGGUAUCCAGUGGAGAGGACCCUACUGCUCCGUGAUAGGUGCAGUGUUGCUUUGAGGUUCUGCACAGUGCUGUGACAAUCCCUUGUGAUGUCACACUGGAGAAAACCUUAGGGAAGUGAGGAUUGUUGGGAGGUCAUUUUCACAUGACAUCGUUCCUCAGCCUUCAGUAAACACGGGGAUUGACACUUGAAGUAUUGUGAAUGUACGGAAGAUAGGAAUUGCUUCCUUGUGUCCUGAAACCUCGUAGGCUAACAGAGACAUGUCUUUCCGGGGGUUCUGUAGGUGUAUUUUGAGCCUAUAUGAUGCUGCACUGAUCCUUCUUGGAGUGAUGACUCUGCUCCAGUAGAAAUUUUCCAGUCUGGUUAUUACACUGUCUGAGUUUCAGCCUGGCCAAGAGUGGGUCUUGAGGAUUCAGAUGUCACCCUGUGUUAGCUGUGUGGGCUCUGGUUGGCUAGUCGUGCUCUUAGCAUGACCCCACCUGUAGGGUCCCACACUGGCCAAGGUGGGGCAUUACACAGCUCCACAUUUCAUGAAAAUGCCCUUGUUCUUCUCCCAUACCUGAACCCUUCAGAUAAAACACCAGGUGCAAGGAGGGGCAGAGUGGAGAGGGGCAAGGUCAGAGGCCAGCACCAUGAGCUGCCCGUUUCGUGGCUGUGAAGGGACAGCCAGCACCCCACACGCGGGGAGGUUGGAAUUCUUGUACCUCAGGCAGUGCAGGAGGGUGAGAGCCCUGAGUGUCCCUGCUGACCUCCAGACCCUCUCCACAGUGCGCAGAGCAGUCCUGGCAGCUGCUGCCAUCUGGCACUUCUGGGAGGGAGCUGUUUGUGUGUGUGCUGCCCCUUUGCAUGUCGUGAAAACAGACCAGGGACACAGCUGGUCCUGGUGUCCAUGGCACUUGGCGGCAUCCCCGGCACUUCCUGGAUGAGGCCUUAAAGUCACACAGCAGCAGAGCAAGGUUUCUGUGUGAGUGACGCGAAUGUGUGUCCCCUGGCUGCCGCCACCUUGGGUUAUAUAUUUUAUGGCCCUCGGGGCUGCAGCUGCGUGGUGACUGGUGUUAAAUCCCCACAGUAUAAAGGUGAUCUGCAAGGUGAACAAUCAGUCCUGAUGGAGAGACCUGUG